UAUUUCUUCCGCUCGUAGAAGAGAUCUGUCUUUGAACUACCGAGAUUUACAAUUUUUGGACAACCAUCCCUGUCUUUUUCCUGAAUUGUGCAUUCUUUACAGUAGUAAGCGUCAGAGAUACCUGGACCACCACAAAUUACACAUCUGCCUUGGUUGGCAAGAGCCAGUAGAUGGCAGUUGGAAAGAAAUAAAAAAAAAAUCAUAAAAGUGAUAUUAUUAUAUUGAAGCUUCGAAGUGGAUUUAAACCUGCAUUUUGUGAGUGCUAAAGAAAAGUACUUUUUGAACAUGAAUUCGAUGUUUUCUUCACCAGCAAUCCACGUUUUCUCGCAAGAAAACGUUGGAAGUGUGGUAAAAAAGCCGGGAACCACAAACGCUUUAUCAAGAAAACCAUUUAUUGAUAGAACCGUGAAUGCUAAUUCGCCUGGUGUUGUUAGAAGCUUGAAAUCUGAGCCCCAAAUGAAAAAACCUGAGCGAAAAGUUGAUAAUCAGACAAUUUUUGAGAAGGCCAACACAGAUGAUGAUUUAUUUUUAUAUGACACUUAUUCUUCUAAGGAUAUAAACGAUGAUUACAUUGAUGCCAAUUUCAUUUUUCAAAAGGACACUUUAAACAUAUUACAAUCAUAUUGCGGCUACAAGGAGUUAAAGACCCCUCCUCCAAAGUUUUCAUCCGAUUUUAGUAUGUUCAUUAAAAUACCUAGAAUCGAGUAUUUCCUUAAAUCAGAAGACAGUUAUGAGAUUAACGAAGAUAACGAAGAAAGCAUUGAUAACAUUUCAUUGCCAGACAUUGAUUUUGAUUAAACAUGACCUGUAUUUUUUUACUGAUUUUUCUUAAAUAAAGAUAUUUUGUGUUUGAA